AUGCCCUCAGCCUUUGUGUACGUCACGAAUGCAGAGACUGGGCAAGACGUUACGACCAUGGCGGCUUUUAAGAAAGGAAAUGUCACAACAGUGGCAGGGACAGGAAUAGACUCAGACCCCGACACCAUCAUCAACGCAAACCUGCUACAGGUUUCCAUCUUAAAGCCGGUCCUGCUGGAGACCAUUCCAGGGCCACAACGGAUCUUCUACAUGCUGACAGACGCCGGCAACUCGAUCCUCAUGCUCAACUUCGACAACGGAACGAUCAGUACAGUAGCCGGAAAUCACAAUGAUGCUGGCUACGUGGAUGGAGAUGGGCUCAGCGCAAGGUUCAAUCAGCCGCGGGACUUCGUCAUGAGCACAGACGGCACGAAGAUCCUGAUUGCUGACACGAACAACUACUGCUUGCGAUUCUUCGACAUCAGCACCAGGAAAGUGACGACACUGACUGGAAAGCGCUUUACAGGGACAACUGAGAACGACCUGGUGGAGGCAGAGGGAAGCUUUGACACGGCUGUCCUCGCUAAACCCAAGGCCGUUGCAGCUUCGUCACAGGGAAGGUACUUCUUCGUGUCGACAGAGAAGCAGGGGAAAUCAAGCAGAAUCCUCAUGGUCGACACGAAGUUGAACACAGUCUCGUCGCUGUCAGGCCCUCGCGAUAUCAAUGCACGAUGGCGAGACGGCGAUGCGGCGACUGUCAGAUUUGAGACGAUUCUAAGCAUGAUCGUGGACUCGUCGGACACGAGGCUCUACGUCACAAGCCUGGGGACGAUCCGAAUAGUCUGUCUCGUCGUUGACUCCCUGUGCCCUUCCGUCGGGUAUGUGAAGACUGUCCUCGGAGUCUCUGGGGACUCAAAGCAGAUAGAUGGAUCGUAUCCCUUCGCAAGACUCGGUGCAGACGCCUACAUUCGAAGGGUCCCGUCACAGUACUCGAACAACAUGAAGGAGUGGCAAGAGGAGGUGCAUGAGCAGCAGCAGCAGCAGCAGCAGCAGCAGCAGCAGCAGCAGCAGCAGCAGCAGCAGCAGCAGCAGCAGCAGCAGCAGCAGCAGCAGCAGCAGCAGCAGCAGCAGCAGCAGCAGCAGCAGCAGCAGCAGCAGCAGCAGCAGCAGCAGCAGCAGCAGCAGCAGCAGCAGCAGCAGCAGCAGCAGCAGCAGCAGCAGCAGCAGCAGCAGCAGCAGCAGCAGCAGUAG